AUGACCGUGACUAUGAUGGAUCUUGGCGAUCGACCCGCUGUCGCGGCUGUCAAAGCCGGCGGACCAUCAUCGGACCCAGGAGUGCUCUGUCCACCCCAGAAGUUCGACUACAAGAUCGUCAAGGGCUUCUUUGUUCAGAACGACCCAUCCAUCCCUCGCGUAGCAUUUGAGCCCACCCUCCUUGAGCGAAACUUUGGACUGGUCGAUACCUCGCCUGAACGCUGGGCGAACCUCGACCGUGAUGUCAAGCGGUUACAAGCGGACGCCGAGGAUGGCGUGCAGUACAAGGUGUUCUUCCUAGGUCGUCAUGGUCAAGGAUGGCACAAUGCCGCAGUAGACGUUAUCGGCGUAGAUCCAUGGGAGGCGUACUGGACCUUUCAAUACGGCAACGACGAGUUCACCUGGGGACCCGACCCGGAGCUCACUCCCGAGGGGAUCAGACAAGCAAGAGAGGUCUGCAAGGUGUGGAAGCGGGAGAAGGAGUUCGGCGCGCCUGUCGACAAGGAGCGGAUGAAGUGGUAUGUCUCGCCAUUGACGCGUACGGGUCAGACCAUGCAAGAGAGCUUUCAAGAGCUCUUGACGGGUGUUCCGGAGGUAUGGGAGGACUGGAGGGAGAUCUACGGAAGUCAUACUUGUGAUCUGAGGUCCACUCGGACACAAAUCGCCGAGCGAUUCCCAACCUUCAUGAUCGAGAAGGGCUUCGCCGAAGAGGAUCCCCUCUGGACGGCCGACUAUCGCGAGACGGACAAGGAGAUGCAGAUAAGGUCGAGAAGGGCAUUUGAUCGGGUGUUCAGCGAAGGAGGGGCGGAAGAGCUGUAUGUCUCGAUCACCUCUCACUCGGCUAUCCUGCGGAACGUCCUCGCUGUCCUCGGUCAUGGUCCAUACCCUCUCCAAACGGGCGAGAUGAUCCCGGUCGUCAUCAAGGCCACGCCAGUCAAGCAGGAGCAGAAAGUCAACGGAAGGAGUGGGACGAACGGGACGAACGGUCCUGCCGACACGAACAGUAACGGGGUGAAUGGUCAUGCGGUCAACGGUCAAGCCGGCUCGAACGGUCAUGCCUACACCAAUGGCGUCAACGGUCACUAG